AUGGUUGAGGAGGCUCACCGCAACCCUGUCAACUUUGUACAUCAGGAUGAAAUAUGGAAAGCACAUGUCAUUGCAGAAAAGGACUUGGCAGAUGUUUGGCCAAACAAGUGGGGAUUUCUUCAACAGCUUUACAAGGAGUAUGAGGUCGACAGCAAGAAUUUGAAGGACAUGACUGCAGCAGAACUUACGAAAAAAGCUCAGUGUCCUUCAGAAAAGGUUGGUCCUUCCCCUCCUGUGCCACAGACAAGUCAGGCUGUAAUUGGUUGGCGUUCUGCUCAUGCUCACCUGAGUCUGGAAAGGUCCGGCAUGGUGCAACACGGACGUCGGAGCUUUCUAAAGGAGCUCGGUUGGCCUAGUCAGACCUGA